CAAAUUCCAAAUGCAAAUCAUAUAGUAUGAGAAGAUGUCCUGCAAGAAGGGCAACAAAGACAAAGGGCAAGUCCAGAAGGUGGUCAUUCCAAAAGGAAUGAUUAAUCCGGGCGAAACAACUAUCAUCGAGAUCCCGUCCGCACUGCAGAAGCAACCAAUUGUUGUCGCUAAGCGCAAGACGUCAAUGGAUGAAAUGAACCCCGCAGUUAAAAAGUGCUGUGGCAAGAAAAGCAAGAACAAGGAAGGACAAGGCUCUAAUAAAGGACAUUACGAUGCAGCAAAGGGGACAGGAAACAAACCCGCUGACUUGGACGCAACUGAGCGAAAAGAACGCGAGCAAUUUUUACGAGACCUCGAAGAAUUUCAGCGAGCACGCCGGAAACUACUUUCCAACGCAUCGUUUCUAGCAGGAGAAAAAGCCGCCAACAAAACCAAAUAAGCUCAAAAUAUAUUGUGUCCAUGCAUAUUUGAUAUAUCAUAGAAUCAUAUUUGUUACAUAAAUUUCAUAAAACAUUA